AUGGGGAGGACAAGAGACGCCGAAGCGGAGCUCAAUUUGCCGCCGGGGUUCCGGUUCCACCCCACAGACGAGGAGCUCGUUGUGCACUAUCUCUGCCGCAAGACCGCCUGCCAGUGCCUGCCUGUGCCCAUCAUCGCCGAGAUCGAUCUCUACAAGUACGAGCCUUGGGAACUUCCAGAUAAGGCGUUGUUUGGGAACAGAGAGUGGUACUUCUUCACCCCUCGUGACCGCAAGUACCCGAAUGGGUCGAGGCCAAACAGGGCUGCCGGUAAGGGAUACUGGAAGGCAACUGGUGCUGAUAAGCCGAUCUCACCAAAGGGCAGCAACAGGACUGUUGGGAUCAAGAAAGCUUUGGUGUUUUACUCCGGCAAGGCACCGAAAGGAGUGAAGACAGAUUGGAUCAUGCAUGAAUACAGGUUGGCUGACGUGAACCGCAGCGCCAACAAGGGAAGCCUACGGUUGGAUAACUGGGUUCUUUGCCGGCUAUACAACAAGAAGAAUACCUGGGAGAAGACGAAGAUGCAGAAACAGGAGGAGACAUCCUUUGGAGAGACCAUGCAAUCAGUGGAUGAUGCACUGUCCGACAGCUUCAGGACACCAGAAUCAGAUGUAGAAAAUGAGGUCGUGUUGCCAGAUUUUGAUGAUCUAGGCUAUCUAUCCCAAGCUUCUACUGGAGUGCAAGCAUUGAGCACCUGCAAAACAGCUGGACAUCAGAUGAUCGAGAAGAGUCAGAAAGAAGACAGUGAGUGGUUUAUGGACUUGAAACUAGAUGAUUUGCAGAGCUCCUACACCAACUUCGGAUCAACACCCAUUUCAGAUGCAACGAACCAAGAUUACUACUUCCAAUCCUUUGUAUCUCCAUUGCUGAGGCCAAAUCAUACCAACAUGCGACAGUUCUGAAUUGGAUCAAUGUAAAUAGCUUAGCAGAAUACGACAAUGUAGUAGUUAGUAGAUCAAAGAUCUGUUAUAUCCAAACAUUGUUUCAUCAUUCAGUAUAGGAGGCUGUUACAAGUUGGUGACUGAAUUCAAUCUAAAUUUGGUUUGAGAAACUACUUACUUUUUCUGAUAGGAGCGUCUAAUGACAGGUUUAAGGUUUAGUGAUGCAACUAUUUUCAAAUUCAGAUGGAAAAAAAAAAUAA